GUGACAAAUUUAAAUUUUCGACAUUCGUGAAACGUGAUUCGAUCAUCGAAAUCGAUAUAAUAUUUUUAUAAUAUUUUACAUUACCUAUUAUUUUACUAGUAUAAUAAUUUGAUUUUUAUACACGUUACUGUGUUAGGCAAUGCAAACAUGGCUUUACCUCCUUCUUUAAUGUGGGAGGAUUUAAAUUUGUCAAGUCCGAUACUUAAAACAAUCAAAGAAAAUUUCAAAUUUGAUCGGAUGACUCCAAUACAGGCCGAAUCAAUAAGGAAUUUUUUAGAGAAAAAGAAAGAUGUGGCUGCAGAAGCUGUUACAGGCAGUGGAAAAACUUUGGCAUUCUUGGUACCAAUGUUAGAAAUAAUUUUAAAACGUAAUGACCCUUUAAAAACACAUGAAAUUGGAGGUCUUAUAAUAUCUCCUACUCGAGAGUUAGCUACUCAAAUUAGUCAAGUAUUGGCUGAAUUUUUAACCAAUAUUGAAGGUAUUACACAAAUGUUAUCACUUGGAGGUAACUCUAUAGAAACUGAUGUUAAAGCAUUUAAUAAAAAUGGAGCAAAUAUAUUAGUUGCGACACCGGGUCGUUUAGAAGAUCUAUUAACACGAAAAAUACCAAAAUUCAAUAUUCAAAGAUCUUUAAAAUCAGUGGAAAUGUUAGUAUUAGAUGAAGCAGAUAAAUUAUUAGAAUUAGGUUUUGAAAAAUCAAUCAAUACUGUUUUACAUUAUUUACCUACCCAAAGGAGAACUGGGCUUUUUUCUGCUACACAAACAAAACAGGUUGCUAUGUUGGUGAAAGCAGGAUUGAGAAAUCCUAUUAUGGUUAUUGUUAAAGAGAAACAUUGCUUAAAUCCUAAAAGCAAUCAAAUAGAAUCUAUGUCUACACCAUUAACAUUAAAAAAUUAUUACACGAUUUGUGAAGCUGAUAAAAAGUUGGCCUAUUUAGUGCAGUUUUUGAAAACCAAUGGAUUAAACUUAAAAUACAUGUUGUUCUUAUCAACAUGUGCUUGUGUUGAGUAUUUUUCUAUAAUUCUUCAAAGUUUAAUCCCUAGUAUAAAAUUAUUCAGUAUACAUGGCAAAAUGAAUAACAAGCGAUACAAAGUAUUUCAAUUAUUUUGUGAAGCUGAAAAAGGAAUAUUGCUAUGUACAGAUGUAAUGGCUCGAGGCGUUGAUAUACCAGAAGUUAAUUGGGUAAUCCAAUAUGAUCCUCCUAGCAAUGCUUCUUCGUUUGUUCAUCGAGCUGGUAGAACAGCUCGAGUUGGUAAAAAUGGGUCUUCAUUAGUAAUGCUUAUGCCAAAUGAAGACGCCUAUAUACAUUUUAUUUUUUCUAAUCAAAAAGUGGUACUUGAACUUUUACCUCCAAUUAAAGUUGAAAAUGUUGAUCAAGUUGUUCAACGAGUUAGGAAACGCCAGCUAAAAGAUAGGACUGUUUUUGAUCGUGCCAAUAAAGCAUUUGUAUCAUAUGUCCAAGCUUAUUCGAAACAUGAAUGUUAUUUGCUACUACGUGUAAAAGAUUUGGAAUUUGGAAAACUUGCUACUGGGUUCGGUCUUUUAAGACUUCCAAAAAUGCCAGAGUUGAAAAAUAAAGUAAUUAGUGAUUUUGAGCCUGUUGAAAUUGAUUUCAACUCUAUUAAAUAUCAAAAUAAUGAAAGAGAAGAGUCACGACAAAAAAAAUUACUAAGUUAUAUAGAAACUGGUAUUUGGCCUGGUCAAACCAAACAUAAAAAAGGGAUGAAACCAACAGUUGCUUGGGCAGAUGCGAAACAAAAAAAAUUGGAAAGAAGAGAGAAACGUAAAAGAAAGAAAGAACUUCGUAAACAAAUGGAAUUAGAAGGAAAAGCUAGGACUAAAAAGAAGCGUGAACAAGUUUUUACUGUAGAUGAGCUUAAUGAUUUGGCAAAAGAUAUUGCGCUAAUGAAGAAAUUAAAAAAUAAAAAGAUAUCUAAAGAACAGUUUAACACGGAAUUUGGAGAAGUAUAACCUAAUAUAUAACUGUUGAAAUCAUGAUUAUUUUAUUGUUAAAUAAAAUGUUUAAAUAGUGUUUGUAUUAUAUUGUAAACAAUUUUUUUAAAUAAAAAA